CGAGUCUGCCAUGUUUUGUCCUACUUGUCGCGCUUGAUCAACGCGUUCGCGAUUUCUGUUGUAAACUAUUAUUUUACUGAAUGUUUCACAGGCUGUGUUUUGUUUACAAAUAGUGUAAUUAAUGACUUUAUAAUUACGCUAAUGAAAUGUGUAAUCAAUCAAUUGCUUUUGAUACUGGUGUAUAAUGGUGUAGUUUGCAUUUCAUAAAAAUUUGAAAUUGUUCACAAGCUUGCUAUUGCAGCCGUGAACAGAGAGAUUCCGUCACGAUUUUAAAAAUCGUAACAGUUUAUUCGGUAUAGUGUUAAUAUGUAAGUUUGAUCCUGUGACGCAACCCACGUGCACAUAAUUUAUCAAGCAUCUCAUGCACAUUUGUUAUUAUUUUGUUCGCGGCUCGCGAGUUCGAUUCGAGCCCGCAAGGAUCGGAUCGAAGAAGGGAAAUCGUGUCGUCCGUCUUGCUCCCUCCCGUCGCGGUUCGGUUGCAUCCAUUCAUUUUCGUAAACCGAAAUAGAUUUUUUGGUCUAGUGCAAUAAUUGUUUUGGUGUGCGGGUCCUGAGGCCGUGGGCAGCGGGCGCUGUGUUUGGUGGCGGUGUCCGCACACGUGAGUCGUGACGCGGCCGAGUGUUGGGUAUCAGUCUGGUAGGGUCGCGGCGGGCACGCCAGGCUUCAGUCGCCUGCAGUGCGGAGCGCGGUGGCAGAGGCCCGAGCCGAGGUGAAUCACCGCGCGGUGCCGUGUUGAUCGUGCUUGUUUACCCGCGAGUGCAGCGUUGAGUGCGUGAGCGGAAGUGCAAAGGCAUGUGCGGCGCGGGCUGGCGCCGAUGACACCGCCGUCCGAUGCGACGGCGCUUUGAGCCAGUGAUCGAGUGUUAGAUAUUAUGUUUCUUGGGUUAUGAGUGUGUGACGAAGUUGUAGUGUAUUGAGGACACUGGAGCCCCUAGACGGAGUUGGGCCCGCUGGGGCGGCCCUGGUGCUUCUCGGGGCUCCGCACGAAGGCAAAAUGGCAGCGUGGAACCGCCACCACCACUUCAACAUGCUCAUGGACGAGAAUGCGAAAAACAAGUUGGGUGUGGUCGGCGGCGGCAUGCCUGAGGCCGCGGGUGCCGAGAGGCGCCAUGUCCCUCUGUAUGGUCGGCUGGUGGCCGAGGAUCAGUUGGCAUCCAUGAGCGCGCCAUCAGACAUUCAGGUGAGCGCCCCCGCGCGCAACCCAAGAGCUUUCUGCCGCUACCCUAGCCGCGCACAGGCUAUGCAAGCUCGAAUACCACACCAUUUUCGGGACCCCUCAACAGCGCCGUUAAGAAAAUUAAGCGUGGACCUCAUCAAAACCUACAAACACAUAAACGAGGUAUACUACGCGAAGAAAAAACGGAGAGCGCAACAGUACCUCGGCGACGAUGGCUCACACAAAAAGGAACGGAAGCUCUACAAUGACGGUUACGACGAUGACAAUCACGACUACAUCAUCAAACAGGGCGAAAAGUUCCUCGACCGGUACGAGAUAUCGUCGCCGAUCGGCAAAGGCUCGUUUGGACAGGUUGUGAAAGCGUACGACCACGAGGAGCAAUGUCAAGUAGCGAUAAAAAUUAUUAAAAAUAAGAAACCUUUCCUAAAUCAGGCACAAAUAGAAGUCAAGUUACUAGAAAUGAUGAACAGAGCAGAUGCCGAAAAUAAGUAUUAUAUAGUGAAACUGAAACGUCACUUUAUGUGGCGGAACCACCUGUGCCUAGUGUUCGAACUGCUGUCGUAUAACCUGUACGACCUGCUGCGAAACACCAACUUCCGGGGAGUGUCACUCAACCUCACGCGGAAGUUUGCGCAGCAACUUUGCACCGCGUUACUGUUCCUUAGUCAACCUGAACUAAAUAUAAUUCACUGUGAUCUUAAGCCUGAAAAUAUACUAUUAUGCAACCCGAAGAGGUCCGCCAUCAAGAUUGUGGACUUCGGCAGUUCGUGUCAACUAGGUCAAAGGAUAUACCAGUACAUCCAGUCAAGGUUUUACCGAUCACCGGAAGUCCUCCUAGGUAUCCCCUACGACCUGGCGAUCGACAUGUGGUCACUCGGCUGCAUAUUAGUCGAGAUGCACACGGGGGAACCUCUGUUCAGCGGGGCCAAUGAACUUGACCAGAUGAACAAAAUUGUCGAAGUGCUGGGUAUGCCGCCGGACCAUUUGCUUGACCAGGCACACAAAACCAGAAAGUUCUUCGACAAACUACCAGCGUCAGAAGGCGGUGGUUACGUCCUAAAGAAAGUUGCCGGCAAAGACGGCGGUUACAGAAAGUACCGGCCGGCGGGCACUCGGCGGCUUCAUGACAUACUCGGCGUAGAGGGGGGUGGCCCAGCGGCGAGGCGGCGCGGCGAGCCCGGACACUCAGUCUCCGACUACCUCAAGUUCAAGGACCUUAUCCUGCGCAUGCUGGAAUACGAUCCCAAGCAACGCGUGACGCCGUACUACGCGUUGCAGCACAACUUCUUCAAGCGCACCGCUGACGAGGCGACCAACACGCAGCAAGCGCAGUCACACCACCAACACGUUGGCGCGCGGCUGUGGGGCGGCGCGGAGCGGAUGGAGGUGGAGGCUGUGCGGCGCGAUGACGACAUGCUUCAACCUGUGUGCCAGCUGCAACACUCGCCCGUCGCUAUCCACUAGCGCCGGGCGCGCCCCGAACCGACCCGACCCGGGCCCGGCGCGGGGCCGCCCCAACUCACCCGACCCGACCCGGCACCUCACGCACCCGCGCCCACCAAGCGCACCCGCAACAGAAGACGCAACAAACACCCGCGGACCUAAUGGACACGCGGGCUGACGGACAAUCAUUGACGCGACACCAAGUGAAGUGUUAACGUUCGUGACUUAGUGCCGUGGUUUAACGCGUGCGGACUACAGACGUGGCGCGAGGACAUACAUGGUGCUCCGAGUGAGACGUUCGCAGCGUUCAGCUGAAUUGAGUGUUGUACGCUAUGUCGCGACGUAUGAAGUGACCUCGAGGGCGUCACGCGAACGUAUCGUGAAAUUGACGAGUGCUCAAAUGAUGAUGAGUUCCAAUGGUUGUGUGUGCCGAAGUGGACGUUCGGCGAGCGAACGGAACUGGCUUAGUAUAAUUCCUUGCUCCAUAAUCAAAGACGAUAGAGUUAAUUACGCUCUAGUAUUUUGUAAGGCGGAGACGAAUGCGAGUCGGUUUAGUAUAAGUAAAGUUAAAUCACUCUAUAUUUAGAGGACGGUAUAGAUCCACGUCGACUACCGGCGGUAGUGAGUAAUCAAUAGCGAAUGGGGACACCACGGCGUCGGAAUAGUACUCUAGUACAAUAUGUGGCAACACUUGCGGACUGAAUCCUUAUUUAUAAUUCUAUAUUUUUAUUUAAUGCGAUAAGUCUGAUUGUAAAAAAAAAAAAAGUUAUCAUGGCGAUUUGUUACGUUGUGACAGGAUUGUAUUGUAUUAUUCGUUCGUAACGCUUGUCGACCGUACUUAGAGCCCAGCGGCCGCGGAGGCCGGACGUCAUGGAAGCUAGGUUUUUUUAUUGUUACGCAAUGCAUAUCACGGACGCAAUAUGGUAGAAAAUAAAUAUUGUACAUAAUUUUAGGAGGACGACUAAUAAUGGAUACAGACUGCAAAUUCAAACCGGUAAAAUAGUUCUGAUACGUCUAUGCUAUAGUUAAGCUUUCGUUCCUUUAGUUAUCGCAAGCUUUAUAUUUUGUAAAAGUGGCGGCAACUGAUGACUGAGAAAUCAAAGGGCCAAAACAGAAUUUCGUUUUAUCGAUACAACCGAACAAAAAAAUAGACUAAAGUAAUAAAAAAAUGAUGUAUUUUUUGAGUGCACAAAUUGAUUGUAUUCGAUCACAGAAAUAUAAAUAAUAGAAACCUUGACUUUAUAACAAUGUUGUUUAUUCGCCACCGCUACUAUAAAUGCUGUUUUUUUUUCUGUUUUUAAUAAACAUGUAUCCGUAAUGAAACAAUGAUUGCAAUUAAAAAUGCUAAAAGCACCAAUGUAAAGAGCAAUAAAGAACUUGUACGUACAAAAGUG